AAUAUAUUUAUUUCUUUGCUUUCGCUGUUAUAUAUUUUUUUACUCUGGAAACACGUCAACGUACUCUUUCAAGGGAUUUGAAAAAUUUUACCAUUAAAAUUAGAAAAAUGAAUAAUUAUUAAUUUGGAAAUAGAAUUAUAUCGAAAAGAAAGGACAGAAAUAAAUUCACUAACUAUAAUAAUAUGAAUACAACGGUUAACUUAAUGCACAGUAACAACGACAAAUUAUCGUAAUACAAUUAUUCUGAAAUAUAAUUAUACCAUUUACAAUAUUUCUUAGCAUUUAUUUAACAAAAUAAAUCGUGGCCUCCGACAUAGGAAAGAGAGAGAGAGAGAUCCGAAUUUAGUCUUAUUUUCUCUUAUAUACUUUAUUAUAGUAAUUCGAUACACUGUUACGAUAAUGUCAGUCGUAUCAUUGUAAAAAUACAAACGAACGACUAAUUUAUUAUAUAUACUAAUUUAUUAAUAGAAUUUUCAAACAGGCACCUGAUAUAUACAAACAAUCAUAAAACCUUUUGCAUUCUCUCGAACAUUUUUUUAAUUAACCAUACUUUAUUUAUUUAACAUCGCAAUCCUAUUUGUAUAAUAUCGUUAAGAUCAUUUAUUUAGUUUUCGUAAUUUUGUCGAUCAUUCGAACGAACGAACGAACGAACGAAAGUAGGAAGAAAUGAAUCCGACCAUCAAGAUUAUCCUAUCCCGGAUCCUUCCAUAAGUUUUAUCGAAUAAAUGGAAGAAAGGCCAUUGCGAAUGGAAAUUCCUUCUUCUUUUCUUACCCUCGCCGUCUCAUCGACCUCUCGAUCCUUUUAUUCCUUCCUUCUUUUCCACAGUUGUACCUUUUUACCGACGUUCUAUAGAAAUGUUCGCGCGAACAUAGCAAACAUGUGUGUUUUCGAAUAAUAUAACACUUAAACAUAAUGUUUAAAUAUUCCGUCGUUUUGUCGGUGUAUAACGUUUUCGUGAUCUUCGCUGAUCCUCCUUAAUCUCCAUGUUUGAGAAAAAAGUCUUUCUUCAAGAGAUAUUUCGAUGAAAACAGGACGCGCUGAUAAAGAAUUUCCGAGUUACGUGUCUCGGAAAAUUUGACGAUUUCGGUUGAUUAUCGCAAAUUUGAAAGUUUCACAAAAAUCCCGUGAUGGCCUUCUCUUCGUAUACCGGUUCGGAUCAAUACUUUCGUCAACCACUUGACAAAAGAAAAGCCCGUGGAGAAAGGAAUGCGUUCUCGAAUCAUGAGUACGGUGGAUACGGAGACGAGCCACGGCGAAAGAGAGAAGAUAAUAAUAAGCCGAAUCACGUUCUCCUAUUUACAAUCAUCAAUCCAGUAUAUCCCAUCACUGUGGAAGUUCUACACGCCAUCAGUGCGCCCAGCGGGCAAGUUCAACGUAUCGUUAUCUUCAAGAAGAACGGCGUUCAAGCCAUGGUGGAGUUCGACUCGGUAGAAUCAGCCACAAGAGCAAAAGAAACGCUUCACGGGGCGGACAUAUAUUCUGGCUGUUGCACUUUAAAAAUUGAUUUUGCUAAGCCGACGAAGCUGAACGUUUACAAGAACGACGCCGAGAGCUGGGACUACACAACGCCUUCGUUGGGAUCGACCGCGCAUAAGAACGAUGCGACGGGUAACGGAAGGCCGGCGCCCCUCUUGGCGGAACCCAGAUACGGUGCCGCGCCCCAACCAUACGGAUCCACACCACAGGUGACUUUCCCACCCGGUGCCGGCCACGAUCGUUACGAGGAAAGCUUCAAUGGACCAGCAACAUAUGCGGAACCAUACGUUGAGCGUUAUGGUAUUAAAAGUGAAUUCAGUGGUCGAGAGCCAUUACAUCCUACGCCACCUCGGCCUGGUUACGUACCCACUUUAGGACAAACCCCACCGUCUAGUACCCAAGGAUCUGUAAUGAUGGUAUAUGGUUUACAACCGGACAAGGUCAACACCGAUAAACUUUUCAAUUUAUUCUGCCUCUACGGAAACGUAACGAAGGUAAAAUUUUUGAAGACGAAAGAGGGAUGCGCCAUGAUACAAAUGGGCGACAGUAUAGCCGUAGAAAGGUGUUUACAAAAUUUGAACAACGUUACGAUUGGUACGGACGGUAGGCUGCAGCUUGGAUUUUCUAAACAGGCUUUUCUGUCGGACGUUACCAACCCGUACAUAUUGCCGGACAAAACGGCGAGCUUCAAAGAUUUUACAGGAAGCAAAAACAACAGGUUUUUAAACCCUGCUAUGGCCAAUAAGAAUAGAAUACAACCACCAUCGAAGAUAGUCCACUUUUUCAACACACCCCCAGAUCUGACGGAGGAAACUGUCAAUCGCGUAUUCGUUGAACGCGGUAUCGAGGCACCAACGACAGUGAAAUUGUUUCCCCUAAAGUCAGAACGAUCCUCUUCAGGCCUAAUCGAAUUCAGUAGCGUCGGUAUCGCGGUAGCGGCAAUAAUGGAGUGUAAUCACACGGCACUGGAAAACAGCAACGGGAAAUUUCCUUACAUCAUGAAACUGUGCUUCUCCUCCUCGCGUACUAUACCCACCAGCUUCCCACCAAGCAGCGGCAGCGUUUCGAGCAAUUCCGCCGGUAAUGGCCACGUCAAAAUGCAGCAGGACUCGGAAUAGAACGGCGAGGUCCAGGGCCAGCAGCGUCAGCGCCAGCGCCAGCGCCCCUCUCUCGCCCUGCACCCGUUGUGUGCCCCCGUUGCGACGAGCACGGCCCUGCACCCAGCCACAGCGAUAACCCUAUCCCCGGUAUUGCCACCACCGCCGGUUCCUCCUCCUUUGCCACCUGCUUGUCUCCUGAUAGCAACGCCAACCUUGUAUCCAACUGUACCACCUCCCCCGCCACCUCCUCUGCCGACGUUCUGGCCUUACUGAGCAUCGCUAAGGACGUCUCAGGUAUUCUAAGGAGACCUGAUCAUCAUCAAGUGACGUUCUCAUCCUUGGGGAUCAUCGUAGUCUAUCGUCGAUCAAUUCGUAAGACGUUACCCAAGGGUGAUAGAAGCUCAAUAAGUUCGAUCAGAGGGAUGAGAUCAAAGCGGUGGAUCGAACAAGAGGAGGAUGAGGAGGAGGAGGAGGAGGAGGAGGAGGAGGAGGAGAUGGUGGAGGUGGAGGAAAAGGAGGAGGAGGAUUGACAGAGUGAAGAUCGGCGCGUGUCCUACGGACAAAAAAGGGGAAGCUGGUUGCAUCAUUAAACAGAAACAAAAAAGGUGUCACGAGCAGACGCGUGUGUGUGUACGUGCGUGCGUACUUGUUGAUACAUAAUCGUCGUCGUCGUACCGAAGCCUCCGUGUAUUUUGUCGUCGUCGUCUCCUCAAAGCCACGUCGUUAACUAUCGUUGUGAUCUUCGACUGAAAAAAAUGUAGGCCAGCGAGAGAAAGAGAAUAAAGAGAGAGAGCGAGAGCGAGAGCGAGAGAGAGAGAGAGAGAGAGGGAGAGAGAGAGAGAAAGAGAGAAAGAGAGAGAUAUGAAAUAUAAUUGGGAGGCCUGCAUGCGGACCAAUGAGAUGUCCAAUCGAAUUACUUUUUUCCUUUUGUCUCUUUUUUAUCUUUUUUUUUUUCUUAAAUAUUUUUUGGUCUCUCUCCCGUUUUUAUUUUCCAACACUUCCUUAUCAUUUCUCUUAUCAUCGCUCGCGAAUUACAUAUCAGAGAGGAGGCUAGGGGAUGUAACAUAGGAUCGCGAGAAAAACUAUGAGACGACGCUUGGUGUUAGGUGGUGUGGCCUUGACGAUGGAACGCUGUGUUAUGCGUUUAACAUCGAAGAUUUGUUACGUCUUAGCAACAACAAUAACAACAACAACUACAUCUACAUCAUCAACAACAACAAUAACAACAUCAAUAACAACAGUAACAACAUCAACAACAACAACAACAACAACAACAACAACAACAAUAGCAACAAUAACAAUAACAAGAUCGCGUAGCUGUUUAAUUCACGACUCCUCCACGAUCACAAUUACAACCACAACCAACCAACGUCAUCACCGCCACAACCAACACCAACUGACACCCCUGUUCCCAUCGUCCACCGGGAGGUUUUCACUGAUUUUGCUGCUGAAUAAACGUUCCUCAGUGACCGUUCAAAGAAAAAAAAAACAAAAAAAAACAAAAAAUUAUGGGAUCCAAUAAGUACGAGAUUAAUCUCUACUACCCCCUCGACCCCCCACCCCAACCCCCAUUGACCACUGUGUAACGAUGGGAUACAAUUAUUAAGUGAGCGUUCGAGAAGAAAAGAGAAAGGAAUAAGAAAAAGGCGAGAGAAUGAAAGAGAGAGGAAGAGCGAAUGAUUGAGCGAGCGAGCGAGAGAGCGGUAUUGUGUGUGUGAGAUUGAGCGAGAGAGAGAAAGAGAGAGAGAGAGAGAGAGGAAGAGAGAAAGAAAAAGAAAGAGGAAGCCAAAGUAACUCUUGUGACCGCGCGGUGUCUCGAUAGAAAAUUCGUUGCUAACGUCGUGCCAAUAUACCACAAGCCACGAGAAUCUUCGUACCGAGUGUUACGUAUUAUGUAUGUAUUUUAUCACAUAUGUAUUUUACUUCGUCAUGACUAAAGAUCGUACGAAAAGAUUUGAAAGUUCCGUUCUUCUUGUUUUCUUUUUCAUUGUCUUUCUUUUUCUUUUCUUUUCUUUUAUUUUAUUCUUUCCUUCUUUUGAACUUCUUUUGUAUGUGUUUGUCGUGUUUUUUUUUCUUCUCUCUUUUGGUCGCCAUUAGUGCGCGAGAAAAAAGCCGCCAUCUUGUCUCCGAUCACAUACCACAUACACAUUAAAUAUAUGUAUAUAUAUAUAUAUAGACAUAUUUGUUCCAUCACCGUUGAGGUUUCUUAAUCAAUGUACGCGUUCGUUUCGCGAGAAAAGACUGCUUCACCUCAGCAAGCCAAAACAAGUUUUUCUCUUUUUAACUUCGUUUUUCAUGCUUUUUUUUCCUUUUUUGUUCUUUGAUUAUUUUUUUUUUCUUCCUUUUUAUUAGUAUCGGUACCGACUCGGAUAAGGAUUCUCGUGAGUUUUGUUUUCUUAUCUUUUUUUUUGUGUUUUUUUUUU